AUUUGCAGAAAGACGAGGUCGGGAGAAAAGAAAUUUGAAAACGGAGAAUACAAUUAAUACUUCAAUAUUUUGAUUGAAUAAAGUAUCGGCUAUGGAGCAAUAAUAAUAUCAAAACCAACAUGUCUUUUAAGCGACCAACAGAAAUAUCAUGGGACAGUGAUGAAGAUGAUGAGCUUUUAAGUAUCAACACAAAGUUCAAGGCAGAUGAUGAUGAAGAAUUAGAUGAAGACGCAUUAUUAGAGUCAGAUGAUGAAUCAUCACCAGUCCCAUCGAAACCUCACACAUCAGUUAUAGAGAACAAGAAAUCCCUGACCACAACAAAUAAACCUGUCAAAACCUCCAACUCAGGGAGUGUUAUAAACAAAGUGUCCAUUAAAACUACCACCAGUAGAAACGGAGCACCCAGUGAGAAUGUUUCUACAAAGAAAACAGGAAAUGCAAGUUCUACUAAAAAUAAAAAGAUUACCCCUAUUGUAUUUAGUGAUUCUGAACCAGAACCAGUGUUAAUCUUAGAGGAUCCAGAGGAAGAUUUUGAAUUUGAUGAUUCUGGAGUGACAGAGGCAAUUCUGGACAGCAGUCAGGGUGAGGAGGCAGGAAAUUUUGAGUUUACAAAGCCAUUUGAAGUCCAGUCUACACUACAUACAACACAUGUAACGGUCAGUCAGAGAGAAGAGGAAGGCCUGGAGGACCAAUCAGAUGUCUCCAAUCUGGAGGUGUCAGUGGACAAGGGUCAGGAAAGCAGUGAAGAAAGUGAGGAAAGUGACCACGAGGAUGAUAGACGGGGACGAUUUAGGACCGAGCGUCAGCAGACUGUCAAACUGACCAAUCAUAAACCAGUAGGCGAUAUUCCCGAUACAUUAGAAAUAUCUAAAGAACAAGAAGAAGAAAUAGAGCAGUUCAAUAAAUCCCAUAACAAGUCCCACAGAGGGAGGGGCAGGGGUAGAGGUGGAUCAUCAGGUAGGGGUGGAUUUUCUGGAGGAAGAGGGGGCUUCUCAAAUAGAGGAGGGUUCACAAAUCGGAAUGGUCCACAAAGGAGAGAUUUUGAUCAGAGAGUUCCACCAACUAAUCAUAAUUUCCAGCAUAACCAUUUCCCUACAAAUUUCCAUCAGGAAGCCCUGCCUUCACUGAGCCAGCCUCAACAGAGCCAUCCUCCUCCUCCUGCUUCAGUACCCCAGAAGAUUCAUAUAAACCCUCAUUUUCGACGAGGGUCCAUGCUCCCUCCCAGACAAGGGGAUGGCAUAAUGGCGACCCCAGGGAUACCCCCUCUGCUUAGACCCAGAGAACCCUCCAUGAUGCAGCUACAGCCUCGAGUUCCCAUAGUGCAAUCUGUACCACAGAGUGUUCCCUGGACCUCGCAGGCCAACCCUCAACCAAUAUUCAGCAGACCUCCUCAUCCACUACACCAUCAAAGGCAGGAUCUUCCACCUCACCAUCAUUAUGCAGCUCCGCAGCCUGCUCCACGGCAGAAUGAUCCAUACCCAGCAUACUCUGCAGGACCUCCAUCGCAUGUUCAUCAAGCACCACAACAUUAUGUGGGACCUCAUCACCAUCAAGUACCACACAGUGGGCCCCCUCCUUUCCAUGGACAGCAGUAUCCUCCAAAAGAGCAGUACCAUCCUUCUGGGCCACCACCACAACCAAUGGUGGGACAGCCCAACCAUCAGUAUCCUCCUCCACAUCAUCCCCCACAGUCUCAAAUCAGGAUAGAGCCCCAGCACCCUCCCCAUGUACGGAUGGGACCCCCACCCCAUCAGCCUCACAGUGGACCCCCUCAACAACAUCAACAUUACAAUCCGCAACAUUAUCAAGAACAUAGGUAUCCUCACCCACAACGUGCCCCUGAGCCGCACGUGAGGCCUGAUUUCCAGCCUCCUCAACAAACACAGCAGCAGCAGCAACCUCCAAUAUUUCAUCAGAGGGCCCCUGGGUAUCAGUCCAGACCCCAGAGAUUUCAUUCUCAGGGACAAAGAAUGCCUCAAGGUCCCAAUACUGUUCAAAAUAAUGGAACACCAAGACAGCCUGUUAUCAAACAAAAACAAAAUGCUGUAUUGUUAGCACAUGCCAAAAAGCUGAGAGAUCGUGCUAAGAAAUUUUCACAGACUACACCUAUAGCAGUCCCAAGUAAACCCCAGAAGAGGCCCUCGACAGAAUCGAUUGUGGAGAGCAGCACAGAACACUCCCCAGUAAAACAGACUAAGGUGGAAACCAAACCAAUGACACCAGAGGACAGGGAGCUACAAGAAAAGCUAGCACAACAGGCUCAGCAGAGAGAGUAUGUUAGAAAGCGGAAAGAGGCUAACAGACAAGCACUGGCACAGAAAAAACGAGAAGAGUUAGCUCAGCGGCUAGCAGGGACAGGUCAGACCUUAGAAGACAUUGAGCAACCGUUAACUUCAAAUGCUCACGCACAACAACAGAUACAAAGUAAACCAUUGCAUACCAAUGUGGCUCCUAAAAAGACCAUUCAACCUAUUCACCCACCACAAGCUGGUCAACAGAUCCAAACAGUGCAGUCAAAUCAAAUUAGAUUUCAGAAUGCACACAUCUCACAACCUUCUCAAAAUAAUCCACAGAAAAAAAUUGUGAACCUUAAUAAAGGUGUCAGUAGACCAGUUAAUACUCAGAUGACCACCAAUAAAUCUAUAACAAAUACUCCAAAGGAAAAUUCUAGUAAGAAACUUAUGAAGAGGAUAGAGACUGUAAAGAAAAAUGCCCAGGGAGAAAUCAUCUCUCGAGAAAUAAAGCUUGUUCCUAUUGAGGAUGAGGAAGUCAUUAGUGAGCAAACCUCUGUGACAAAUCAUGGCCAGGUUCAGGUGGUCAAGAAGAGUACCGGGGUCAUAUCUACUGGGGGUCAACAGGCAGGAAAUCGAACUGUGGUCAGUGGGAAUAGGUCAGUGAUCACCCCGGGGUCCAGCAACAGGUCUGUCAUCAGAUUAAAUCCAGACAGUGGAAAGGAUGCUGGAGGGGACCUCAGAAAUGUUGUCAGUCAGCAAGCAUCUGGGAGGAGAAUUGUUGUGAAAUCUACUCCUAAAUCAGUGAUGGUGAAGAAUUUGUCUAUUUCUACAUCGGACACCAUUAUCAAGAAUCUCUGCACAACAGUGGGCCCAGUAGAGAGCAUAAAACGAGACCAGAAAGAUGCUGUUGUGACGUUCAUGAAUGCGAGUCAUGCAUCACUGUUUGCCGAGAAAUACAACAGGACACUUCUAGACCUGUCAACAAUCCUUGUGUCAGUGAUACAAUAUUGAAAGAAACUAUGUACCAGAGAUCUGAAUGUCCAAAGUUUAACAGAUCUGAUAUUAAAGAGCCUUAAGGGAAGGAGUGCAAAUCCAAAAUUUACCAAGGAGAGUUUCUAACAGUAGGAUGGAGAACCAGGGCAAAAAAACACUGUCUUCCCAGGAAGCAUGGACUGUCAAGUUCUAGCAACUAACUUCAGAUUAAUCGUGAUUUAAUGAGAAGUUGUUAGUUAUGGGAUAUUAGUUAUUAUUGAAAGUCAUCUAAUUAGAAAUUAGAAGUUGUACAUAAUCAUGUAGCUGAUUUCAUACAACAUGUACAAAUGUUAUAAAUUACUAUACCCGACGUAACAUGAACAUGCUAAAAGACAACAGUACAUAAGCAGUUAAAAACUCCCAAAACAUUUUUUUAAUUUGAGUUACAGUAGAUUUCACAUGACAAGGUGAUACAUGUUAAGAUAGAUCACUUACUUGAACAUUUAUUAUUUGAAAAUGUAGUUUUAUGAAUAGCUGUUGAACAGAAGAUACCUAAUUAAUGAGCUUUAGCCUCCACAAAAGCUGUUAUUGAACAUCUAAAUGCUCACAUAAUAUUGAGGAAUUUUAACUAAGAUUUAUUGAAAUUCAACCAUUCUGGUGUUUAAUCAAUCAAUGUUUUUUAUAAGAUUGCAUGAGAAGGCACAAGUACAUUAACUCUAAUAUUUUGAUUGGUUAA